ACACACCCGUAGAUGUGCCCUGAGCAGCGCCCCCUUACUCUCCUCCCCAUCCUCGAAGAGCUGCGCUUCAUAAGGGAGAGCGGAUCUAGAAAGAGGGGCUCACACAGGACUCGCCCCAGCCCAGCCCUGUCUGCUGCUGCUCAUCGGGAGGCUUGCGGGGUUAGUGGGCCCAGGAUCCGGACACCCCAGGAGCCCCUCCAUGGUCUUUCCCCGAAAUCCUGCAAGGAUGGCCUUGGAGGGUCCCCGCUAGAGACUGGCAGGAGGGAGCGGGAACCCAGCUCCUGAACCGGUGCCAGGCAGGUGGCACCUUCCCAGUGCAGCCCCAGCAUGCGGGCAGGCCCGAGCCCCGCCGUCACACUGGCCCUGAUGCUGGCGGUGGCAUGGGCCUCCGAGCUCAAGCCCACGGCGCCUCCCAUCUUCACCGGCCGGCCCUUUGUCGUCGCGUGGGACGUGCCCACGCAGGACUGCGCCCCGCGCCACAAAGUGCUGCUGGACCUGAGGGCCUUCGACGCGCAGGCCUCCCCGAACGAGGGGUGGGUGAACCAGAGUGUGACCAUCUUCUACAAAGAUCGGCUGGGCCUGUACCCGCGCUUUGACCGGGCCGGGCGCUCCGUGCACGGGGGCGUGCCCCAGAACGGCAGCCUCUGGGCGCACCUGAAGCUGCUGCACGAGCACGUGGAACACUACAUCCGCACGCGGGAGCCCGCGGGGCUGGCCGUCAUCGACUGGGAGGACUGGCGGCCCGUGUGGGUGCGCAACUGGCAGGACAAAGAUGUGUACCGCCGGUGGUCCCGCCAGCUGGUGGCCGACCUUCACCCCGACUGGCUGCAAGACCGCGUGGGCAAGCAGGCGCAGUGCGUCUUCGAGUUUGCCGCCCGGCAGUUCAUGCUGGAGACGCUGCGCUGGGUGAAGGCGGUGCGCCCGCAGCACCUCUGGGGCUUCUACCUCUUCCCCGACUGCUACAACCACGACUACGUGCAGAACUGGGAUAGCUACACGGGCCGCUGCCCCGACGUGGAGGUCGCCCGCAAUGACCAGCUCGCCUGGCUGUGGGCUGAAAGCACAGCCCUCUUCCCCUCCGUCUACCUGGACGAGGUCCUGGCCUCCUCGGCCCACUGCCGCAAGUUCGUCAGCUUCCGCGUGCAAGAGGCUCUGCGCGUGGCCAACACCCAUCACGCCAACCACGCCCUCCCGGUUUACGUCUUCACACGGCCCACCUACAGCAGAGGGCUCAGGGGGCUCAGCGAGACAGACCUCAUCUCCACCAUCGGCGAGAGCGCAGCCCUGGGCGCAGCAGGCGUCAUCCUCUGGGGUGACGCAGGGCACACCACGAGUCCGGAUACCUGCGAGUACCUCAAGAACUACCUGACGCAACUGCUGGUCCCCUACGUGGUCAACGUGACCUGGGCUGCCCAGUAUUGCAGCUGGGCCCAGUGUCAUGGCCAUGGGCGCUGCGUGCGCCGAGACCCCAGUGCCAACACCUUCCUGCACCUCAGCGCCAGCAGCUUCCGCCUGGUGACCGACCUCGUGUCUGGGGAGCCCCAGCUGCGGCCCAAGGGCGAGCUCAGCUGGGCCGACCGGGACUACUUGCAGACGCACUUUGGCUGCCAGUGCUACUUGGGCUGGGGUGGCGAGCAGUGCCAGUGGGACCGUGGGAAGGUGGCUGGGGGUGCCAACCAGCCCUGGGCGAGACCCCACCUCCCCAGCCUAUUGGCUCUGACAGCCCUGGCCCUCCCCUGGACCUUGUAGGGGUCUCCCACCUGGCUGCCAGGCAAGCUGGCCUCUGCCAUGAGAGCUCUGCCAGGCACACAGAGUCUGCAGGAGUGGACAGUACUUCCAGUGGGGCGGGGCCCCCAAGAUCUCCAGCAGAGGCACCCUCUCCCCACCCCAGGCCCCUGUUCUAAGGGGAUGGGGCAGUACUCCCUGCCAUGGGGAAGAUGGGGAACAUCGGAGGGGGGGGGGCUGACCCUACUUCCCUGCCCUUGGAUAGUUUAUUAUUAUUAUUUUGGGGGUCUCUUUUGUAAAUUAAAUAAAAAACAACUGCUUCCUUG